CGCGCGCUCAUCGCUCUUCACUGACGUGCGCAACAGGAAACGAACGUUCUCAAAACAAGUCGGUGCAGACAAGAAGAGAACGCUUUACACCGAAAACAUGGCAUCUGGUUCAUCUAUGAUGAACGGAGACAUCAGUCACCCUCGCGGGUCCGGCCCGGGGAAUGUGGGCAGUUUAGAGGAGACCCUCCAGCAAAUGAACACCCUGAUCAAAGAAAACAGAGAACUGAAGGAAGCCCUGAAACAGACCAACUUGUCCAUGAAGGAGAGAUUUGAGGGCCUAUCGGCAUGGAAGGAGACGCAAAAGGAGGAGAGAGACUUCCUGGAGAAACGAUUGGAAGAGGCCAAAACCAAACUGAACACUAUGGAUGCAGAGAACGAGAUGUUGAAGAAACGAGUGGAAGAGCUGGAAAAAAGUGGAGUCGAGUGUUUAGACACUGAACUGGAGGCACUGAGGGCUCAGAUUGGUCGACUUCAGGCUGAGAAGAAUGAUCUUGUAGCAUUGAACUCUGAACUCCAGCUCAAAACGGGACAAGGUUCACCUAGAGACUCCUUCAUUGAGAUUAGAAUAGCUGAGGACGAUGAUUUAAAAGUGACCAGAGAUUUGCCCAGUACACAAAAGGACCUAUCUGCUUUCUCCAUGCAAAAGGGCGAGUCGGAAGAACAGACGGUCAGGCAGCUCCUUCACUCCCUCAGAGUAGAGACUGACGAGAAGGAGAGACUGCAGAUAACUCUUCAGGAGGCACGUGCGAGAAUUGCAGAGUUGGAGAACAGACUGGAACACACUGACAGCAGCGCACAGACGUCUCUGCCCUGUACAACUGAAAUCAAUUCAAGCGCUGAGGUGAAGAAUCUGGAGGAGCAGUUGUUGAAGCUCUGUAAUGAACUGAAACAAGCUCAGAUCAAACUAGACGAUGCUGAGAACAUGAAAAGAAACCUGCAGGACAGGUGUAAAGAUUUGGAGCAGGAUCUGGCCACCGUAAGGGCUCAGCUGGGAGAGAAACAGAAGACUCAGGCUGAGAACGACUGUCUGAAGGUUCAGAUGGAAAGUCUUCAAGCUGCUAUUAAACUGGAACAGAAGAAAACUCAGGAUGAGAAGAACAACCUAAACCAGCUGAAAGAUGCCUACACUAAGCUGUUUGAAGACUACAAUGAGCUCCAAGAGGAAAAGAAGAAGAAAGAGGGUAGUGUAUCACGGGAAGAGUACGAUGACCUCCAAACCAGGUUUGCUACGGCUGAAAAGGCGCUGGCAGACAAACAGCUGAAGAUUGAUGAGAUGAAGAUGGAAAUCUUCAAGAAGGAAAAGGAGCUAGAAACCAUCUCUGUUUUCCAGGCUCAGGCUGAGAUAUAUUCGUCAGACUUCUACGCAGAACGAGCUGCUCGGGAGAAGAUUCACGAGGAGAAAGAGCGUUUGGCCACUCAGCUGGAGUAUGUGAAGAAACAGAACAGCCAACUUCAGGAGGAGAUGGAAUCACUCGGCAGGCAUUCCAUGAGCGAGAUGCAAAGGAGACACGUGCCACGUGGGGCCAAUCCACAAGGCCCGACAUCUCCACACAACCUGCAAGGAGGUGAUUGGCAGCAGCAUGAUAUUCCAGACCAUGCUUGUCCCAAAUGUGGGGAAGUCCUACCUGACCUGGACUCCCUGCAGAUCCACAUCAUGGAUUGCAUCAUCUGAGUUUAUUGCCUAAUAACAAUACCAGAUCCCCCCCUAUUAUGUGAAUGAGUGGUUUGAUAGCUUUACCUUACAUAAUGCUUCAAUAACACAGGUCUAUAAACCCUGCAUCCUAAAUAUACUGUACAUUAUCAGUGUGGAUGUUUUCAGAUCAAUAGAAGUUACUAGUUGAGGGUGAGAAUGAGCAUUUAAUCUGAAUGUCUGGAUAUGGUCUAAAUAUGCCCUGUAUAAACAUUCUUUUAAGCUGCUUUGACAAUUUAUCAUUCAACUAUUAAGGAAAUGUAUAUGUUGCAGGUGUGCAAUAAGUGUGACAUACAGGCUAUUACACAAAAAUCUGUUGUGGGCGAAUUACUUUAUUAAUUGCAUAUAUUCUUGUUUUGGAUUAACUUUGAAUGUUUCUGAGAGAAUCGUUUAUUUAAAAGACUUGAAGUCUCAAGUUGGUUAAUUAUAUUUUCAUUAUAUUCUCAAUUCCCAACAUUAUACAGACAGAUAUCAACUUUUCUUUUCAUUUUAUUUCUUGGAUCUGUUUAAAUGUUAAAGCACUUUAUCAUGUAAAUUAGUAAGAUUUGGGGUCAUUUUGAAUAUAACUGUCUGUCUAUCAGUUAAUACCUACCUAAGUCUAAUAAAUUGCUUUCUGAAGUUCAAAAAGAUAUAUAUUUUCUUCGUCACAUGCGCUCUAGGCCUAGAUGUUAUUUUGUGUAAACGUUAGCCCUGCAGUACGAUGCAUAAUCUCAUGCUUGAAAUGCAUAUUAAAGGACUAGUUCAUCCAAAAA